GAUCCAGAAAGAUGCUUCCUUUUCCUUAAAAAAUCGUCCUACGAUCCUAUCCGGAGACGGCUGUGGAAACCCAAUAUUAAAAUGGGGUUACUUUCAGUUUUGGGUUUCAUCGUCAGCAAGCAAAACGGCAGAGUGGGUUUGGUCUUCAGUGACGUGUAGCUUGGCCGAGGAUCGGGAGUGGACUAAAGGCGUCUUUAUUCCCAAUUUUGUUUUAGAGAGGGGAACCGGCCACCCAACCAACCAACGGGACUGGACCGAAAUCGCAGCAGCGGAAACCAACGACAAAGGAGUCUGUCUGGAGGAAUGCGAUUUGAAAAAAACAAUGGAGUUUGUCGGCUAGGUAAAACAGGAGGAAGGGCAUCAUCCCCCAGCUUGAUUCCGUGGAGGCGAAGCUUUUAAGGGUAUGGAGAAUGAGAGAAAUGGAGGAAAGUGUAGGCUGUAGUUGCGCCAACACCCUCUCUGAUCUCAUCCUUCAGCAAUUCCGCAUCGCAGUAAAAAGGGGAGCAUGGUGCAUAGGUGCAUAGUGAAGCAAUAGUAAGGAAACACUCUGCUUCCCUGUAAAAAAAAAAAAGUUAUGUUCGUUUGCUUGGCAGGCAGUCAACCUCCCAUGUCUUCUACCCCUGUGUUUCCUCUUGUUCCUGCUGCUAUUCCAGCGAAAUGUAGAGAAUCUGGAUCACCACUGCUUGCCACAGAGUUCAGCAACACCAACUUGUUGCAGAGCUGUGACGGCUCGAUGAGAAUACAACGGAUAAAGAAGAUGUUUGAUGAGGCUCAUCUCUCAGUGUCUGCAUACGACACCGCCUGGAUGGCCAUGGUUCCAACUCCUACUUCAUCCAUGGAAGACUCUCCUCUCUUCCCUCAGUGUGCUAGAUGGAUACUUGACAACCAACUCAAUGAUGGCUCUUGGGGUCUCGCUCGUUGUAAUCCAUCCUCAACCAAGGAUGCUCUCUCCUCUACCUUGGCUUGCAUUCUAGCUCUCCAACGUUGGGGCCUUGGUGAACAGCAAGUCACUAAAGGCCUCCAGUUUCUAGACUGCAAUUCUGCUUCCCUAACGGAUCAGAAGCAGCAUAUGCCUAUCGGGUUUGACAUAAUAUUCACGGGCAUGAUUGACUAUGCAAAAGAUUUGGGUUUGAACCUCCCUUUCAAGUCAACUGAUGUAGAUGCUAUGCUAACUAAGAGAAAUGUGGAGCUUACAAGUGGGUUCGGUAGAAACACAGAGGGAAGAAGAGCCUACAUGGCAUAUGUUUCAGAAGGUAUCCAACACUCACAAGACUGGGACAUGGUCAUGAAAUAUAAGAGGAAAAACGGAUCCCUGUUCAAUUCACCUUCGACUACUGCGGUUGCUUUUUCUCAUCUUCGAGAUCCUGAUUGCCUUCGCUAUCUUUGUGUCCUCUUAGACAAAUUCGAGAAUGCUGCUCCAACAAUAUAUCCACUGGACAUACGCAGCCGCCUUCUGAUCAUUGACACUCUUGAUAGUCUGGGAGUUGCUCGCCACUUCACCAAUGAAAUGAAGAUGUUGCUGGACCAGAUAUACAGAUGCUGGUUGCAGGGGGAUGAAGAGAUUUUUCUGGAUACAACCACUUGUGCCAUGGCUUUUAGAUUGUUGCGUGUUUAUGGAUAUGAUGUCUCUUCAGAUCAGCUAUCUCCAUUCUCAGAAGAUUGUUUCUUCAAUUCACUGGAAGGAUACUUGAACGACAAGACAGCUGUACUGGAGUUACACAAAGCUUCACAAAUAAUUUAUCCAGAAGAACCUAUCCUGGAUGAACUAAGUUCUUGGACCAUGGACUUCCUGAAACAGGAAUUUUGCAAUGGCUCAAUUUAUGUGGACCAGCCUGGUGAAAGUAUCAAGGUAUGAUGUACUUAGGAGCAGUGCUUGAUGAAAGAUUAGAGUUCAGUAGCAACUGUUAUUUCUGGGAAAAAAAGUUCUUCCAUGGAAUAUAUGAUUAAAAUAGAAGGAUAGAAGUCCCCUUCAGAGUAUUGCUCCUUUCUGGAGCAAACCCAGAAAGCACGGUAGAAGGAAUCAAUUUUCAAUGCUGGAAUCAAACUCUAUCUAAGCUACCUUUCAUCUCAUUUCAGGUGCAUGAUGCUCUCACAUAUCCUUACCAUGUUGAUUUGGAUCGCUUAGGCCAUAAGAGAAGUAUUCACCAGUAUAGUAAUAUAGAUAACACUUGGACCUUGAAGACCUCCUAUAGUUGUCCAAACAUUGGGAACACAGAUUUUAUUAAACUGGCAGCUGAAGACUUCAACCUCUGCCAAUUGAUACAGCAGAAAGAACUCAAGCAACUAGGAAGGUGGAUAAUUGAGAAUAAGUUGGACAAACUAUCAUUUGCGAGGCAGAAGCUGGGCUAUUGCUACUUUUCAGCUGCCACAACUCUCUAUGCACCUGAACUAUCUGAUGCCCGUAUCUCAUGGGCCAAAAACGGCGUGCUUACAACAGUUGUGGAUGACUUUUUCGAUGUUGGAGGUUCCAUGGAAGAAUUAGUAAACCUUGUUCAGUUACUUGAGAAGUGGAAAGUGGACGGAAGCACAUAUUUCUGUUCUGAGCAAGUUGAGAUCCUUUUCACAGCGAUUCGAGGCUCCAUUCAUGAGAUUGGAAGCAUGGCAUUGGCACGGCAAGGACGUGAUGUCACCCGUCAUAUAAAUGACAUUUGGGUGGAAUUGGUGAAGUCAAUGUUGAAAGAAGCAGAAUGGGCAAGGAACAAGUGGGUGCCAACAAUGGAGGAAUAUAUGAAGAACGCACGCAUAUCAUUCGCAUUAGGGCCAAUUGUUCUUCCAGCUCUUUACUUAGUAGGGCCAAAACUCUCGGAGGAAAUGGUGAGUAGUCCAGAGUAUAAUAAUCUGUAUGAAGGGAUGAGCACUUGUGGGCGCCUGCUCAAUGACUGGAGAGGAUGUCAGAGGGAGUUUGAGCAAGGGAAGGUGAAUGCAGUGGCGCUGCUGUUGCUUGAAGGCGACCGGACCUUGGACGAUGCCGCGGAAGAGGUGAAAGGAGCAAUCGAGAGGGAGAGGAAGCAAUUGUUGAAGUUGGUGUUGUUGGAGAGGGAGCAGGGAAUGCCAAAAUGCUGCAAGCAAUUAUUUUGGAACAUGACAAAGGUUCUUCACCUUUUUUACCUGAAGGACGAUGGAUUCACUAAUGAGGAAAUCGUUAAUGUAGCCAAAUCCAUAGUUAAUGAACCCAUCCACCUUUUUCCUUAAGGGGUAAUGAUAUAUGCAAUGCACCCACGUCAUCUUUAGUGAUUGCUUCUGAUAGCAUUUCAUAAAAAAAGGUGAUUACUCUCAUGGUGCCAAUGUUGUGUGCUAGCUAGCCUGAUCUUAUGUAUACUAGGAGUAGUGAACCGAUGGUUCUGGCGUUUAAACAGUAUAUAUAGACUGAAUUUGAAAUGACUGACUUGAGGAAAGUGGGGCACUUAAGUGUUGAAAUGCUUCAAGGGUUUGAGUAUUCAUCUGUCAGCAAAAAUACACCAAGGAGAUUCUUGAAAGGUUCUCCCGUAUGAAAAGUAAAUCAGCCAUGAACAUCUUUGUACCAGGAGCUCGGUUGACACUUGCAGGGAGAUGGUCUUCUUGUUGAUGCUACACAGUACAAGCAGCUGAUAGAAAGUCUGUUGUAUCUUACUGCAACGAGACCUGAUAUCAUGUUCUCAAUAUGCUAGUUGAGUAGCUAAAUGGAGACACCAACUAGCAGUCAUCUUCAAGCUGCAAAGUGGGUACUGAGAUACUUGAAAGGGACUGUUGAGUAUGAAAUCUGGUAUGGGAAGGGAUUGCAGAGAGAACAUAGCAGGAUACACAAACAAUGAUUAUUCUGGUGGCACGGAUGACAGGAAAAGCACUAGCGAAUAUGUGUUCAUUUUGGCAGGUGAAACUGUGAAACAAUAUCUUUAGCUUUAGAGCAGCAGCCAGUAGUCAGUUUGUCCACCAUAGAAGCUGAAUUUCUUGUCGCAGCCUGUUGUGGCGCACUUUGUAUCUGGUUAAGAAUGAUUUUGGAGGAAAUGAACCGACAGGAAAGUAUAGAGGAUGGAACUAGCAUUCUAACUGAUAAUAGUUCAACCAUUAAGCUACUGUUAGCUAAGAAUCUUGUUCUGCAUGGGAGGAGUAAACAUAUCGAUGUCGGAUUUCAUUUUAUCGGGAAUGUAACAAAGAAAGGAGUGGUUCAGAUGGAGUCUUAGGAACACAUGAUCCGCUAGCUGAUAUUAUGACCAAGACAGUACAGUUGGAGGAAUUUGAGAAGCUGGGAAAGUGCAAACUGAUUGAGUAUUCUGGUGGAGCUAGUGCUGAAGUCUGGUGCUGCUGAAAUUUAAAGAACAACAAGGCUGGGGUACUAGGUUGUUUGUCAGUAGUUGCUGCAGAACAUUAUUGGUGGUUACAGGAUCAGCUUCUUAGCCUGUUUUCGUGCAGCAGAGGAAUCAAUUCCGCAGCACCAAGGCGCAGCGAUGGCUUUUGCUUGCUUGCAGAAACACUCUGCUCCAAUGUCUUGCACCCCUGUGUUUCCUCUUGUUUCUGGUGCAAUUCCAGCAAAAUGUAGAGAAUCUGGAUCACUGGCUGCUACAGAGUUCAGCAACACCAACUUGUUACAGAGCUGCGAUGGCUCGACGGCGACGAGAGUACAACAAAUCAAGAAGAUGUUCGAUGAGGCUCGUAUCUCGGUGUCAGCAUACGACACUGCCUGGAUGGCCAUGGUUCCAGCUCCUACUACUACUUCAUCCAUGGAAGAAGAUUCUCCUUUCUUCCCUCAAUGUGGGAAAUGGAUACUGGAGAACCAGCUCAGUGAUGGAUCUUGGGGUCUCCCUCUUCUUCAUCGUCAUCCAUUUUUAACCAAGGAUGCUCUCUCCUCUACGUUGGCUUGCAUUCUAGCUCUCCACCGCUGGGGCCUUGGCGAGCAAGGAAUCGCUAAAGGUAAUUCACAGCUUACAUUCCUCACAUACUCUGUUCCUAAAAAUGACAAGCACAAAAUAC